AUGAGUAAACCAGAUCCUGAGAAGAGUGUCAACCAUGAGGAGGAAUUCCUGGUGGAAUGGUCAAAAGAUGACCCUUCCAACCCUCGCAACUUGAGUCCGGCACGGCGAUGGCUUAUCGUGCUGAUCGUAUCGAUGGGAUCUCUCUGUGUGACAUGCACUUCAUCGAUAUACACUACCACGUACCAUCAGAUGACGAAAGAAUUCGGUUGUUCGACACUAGUAGCAACUGUGGGUGUUGCAAUAUUCGUUUGGGGCCUAGCUGUUGGCCCAUUGGUCCUGGGGCCUCUUUCCGAGCUUUACGGUCGACGGAUAAUUUAUUUGACUUCAUUCACGCUCUUCCUGAUAUGGCUGAUUCCAUGCGCCGUGGCAACAAACAUCCAAACUAUGAUUAUUGCGAGGUUCUUCAAUGGCCUGUCGGGCAGUGCCUUCCUUAGUGUGGCGGGUGGAACGGUUGGUGAUGUCUUUCAUCGUCACGAGUUGGCAGCUCCAAUGAUGCUUUACACAGCUAGUCCUUUCGUGGGACCAGAGCUAGGGCCUUUGAUUGGUGGUUUUAUCAAUGAUUUCAGUCACUGGCGCUGGACAUUCUAUGUUCUUCUGAUGUGGGCUGGUACUCUACUCGCUCUUAUAUUCUUCCUGGUACCUGAGACUUUUCAUCCAGUAUUACUAGGGCGGAAGGCAAAGGAAAUGCGCAGGGCGACCGGCGAUAAUAGAUGGCAAACCAAGAGACAAGCCGUCCACCGGCCUUUAUCCCAAAUGAUCCUGCAGUCCAUCUACAGACCUCUAAUGCUGCUCGCUCUAGAGCCCAUGUGUUUGAACCUCUGCAUAUUUUCCGCGAUUCUCCUGGGUAUUAUUUACCUUUUCUUCGGGGCUUUCGACCAAGUCUUCACCAAUGUCUAUGGAAUGACGUUAUGGCAAUGCGGCUGUUGUUUUCUCGGUAUGUUCGUUGGAAUGAUGCUUGCCGUGAUGAGUGAUCCAAUAUGGCGCCGAGUCUAUGCCAGACUGGAAAGCAAACAUAGACAACGAACAGACAAUACAGAGAAGUUUCUCCCCGAAUGGCGCUUGCCGCCUGCUAUCGCCGGGGCCCCAGCGGUUACAAUUGGUUUAUUCAUCUUUGCUUGGACAAUAUACCCCGAUGUCCAUUGGAUUGCGCCGAUCAUCGGAAGCGCCCUGUUCGGCUUUGGGUAA